AUGCGUUUCUCAGCUGUAUUCGCUGUUUUGAUCUCCUCUACCGCCGCUCUCCAGUGGCCUAAUCUGUCUUCGCUCCUAAAACGCGAGGACAUCACCCCUGGCUCACCACUAUACAAUUGCCACGAGGCAUGCGGCGAAGUUAUCUUGAUUUCGGAGUCGAAUGACUAUUGCUCAAACUCGACAUUCACCACCGAUCUGAGAUCAUGUUUGGAAUGUGCCCUCACAUAUAACAUCUGGCAGUACUACGGUGAUCACGUCAAGUCUGCGGCCUCGUCAUGCAGUGACGAUGCUACGCCAAGUUCUUCUUCUGCGAUGUCGGGUACCGCUGCUACCGCUACCGCUACCACCACCACCACCACUACUACUACAUCGAGAAGCUCGUCUACAGCGACGGGUGCUCGUUCUGAUUCUGCCGCUACAUCGACAGGAUCUGCAUCUGCAACUGCGGCCUCUGCUUCGGCAAGUACAGGUGCUGCGCCUGGAAUCCAGCAGAAUGCUGUUCUUCCUGCAAUGAUGGGUGCUGUGGCAUGGGCAUUGUUAUAA